AUGGAGAUCGUCACUGGUUUGGCACGGAUAAUCGCGGCGACAACAACAACAAUCGCUUUCUCUCCUAAUCCUCUCUCUCUAAGCGUCCUCGAUCCUGCUUUCGAAUCUUGGCUCCGAGAUUCCAGCUACCUCGAGCUCCUCGAUCACCGCACCUCUGCUGCAGCCGCCGCCGCUUCCUCCUCCGCCUCCGUUUCAUCCUCAGCUGCCGCAACUUCUGCGGCGUCUGACGAUGAACAUCCAUUACCGGUGGUUUCUUCGCUUCUCUUUUGUCUCGACGCGUCACUGUCUCUUCUCUUCUUACAAUUAACCCUUUCUCCAAGCUCUCCGAUGAUUUUUCCGGAGAUACGCCACCGUGGACCACCGGUUUCUUUGGCAAUUGUGACUCUUAUUCGUUUCCAACGUCUUCUCAGCAAGCGAGAAUUAGAGUUCAUGAGUAAAUCAAACGAUUCGCUAGGAAUUACACUACGUUAUUCAUCGUCUUCUUCGCUUGUGCACUGUGAGGACCCAUUACUCUUAAUUGGAUAAAGGCUAAAGCUUUAGACAUUGUUUGAUACAGUUAAAAAGUAUGAAUCUUG